AUGGACACCAGGCCUCCGUCGGAGUACGCGCAGUCAGCUGCAGACCAGGCUUCUGCUGCUGCCACUGCUCAAUAUACGCCGCAACCCGAGGUGCGAUCGUCCUCCCAGUACACGCCCCAGCCCGAGGUGCGCUCCGCGAACAACACGCCGCAAUCGGAGUACGGCCUGAACCAGCCGGCCUCGACGCGCUCGCCCGCCUAUCCCGAAUACCUUGCCCGCCCGCCCCAAUACCACCACGCGCCCAGCUCGCAAGCCGGUGGCGCGGCAGAUCCCUCCAUCGCGGCCUCCUCCCCGACCUACCCGCCCCCUUACUCGCCCUACCAACCCCAGGGCCAUGACAUGUCGCAGUACCAGGGUCACCCGCCUCCCGGCCCCCAGAUGUAUGCCCGUCCCGAAUGGCCUCAUGGCUACCCCCAGCAUCAACACGGCUUGCCGGGGCCUUACUCCUCUCCUGCCACUACGGUUGGUUCCACCUCCCCUACCGCGACCCCAGGGCCGCACCCUGGUCAGGUCUACUCCUUUGUUCCCAUUCCUGGCGCUCAACAGCACAAGCGUCCCCGUCGUCGGUAUGAAGAAAUCGAGCGCAUGUACAAGUGCGGGUGGAACGGCUGCGAAAAGGCUUACGGCACCCUCAACCACCUGAACGCUCACGUGACGAUGCAGUCGCAUGGUGCGAAGCGAACUCCUGAAGAAUUCAAGGAGAUCCGGAAGGAAUGGAAGGCGCGCAAGAAGGAGGAAGAAGCCCAGCGCAAGGCGGCCGAGGAGCGUGAGCGUGCCGCUGCUGCCCAGGCCGCCCAGGCCAACCAGGUCGAAGCCGGCGGGCCGACCGAUCCUUCCCAGGGGGCGCAACCUCCCUCCUACGCGGGCGGCGUGCGGCCUCAGUUGCCUCCCAUCGGAUACCAGCCGGCCGACGGCCAAGUGCCCGGCCAGUACAGCGCCCCGGGGGCUGGCGGCAUGGUCUAUCAGGGUAACGGACAAAUGGCUUAUCCUCCCAACUACCCCCAUUCUCCCUAUGGACAGGGCAGCCAAGUGUACCAGCAACAUUGGGAGAAAUCGUUGGAUUUGGAGAACUCUUCAGACUGGGAAAAAUCGUUAGAUUUGGAGAACUCUUCAGACUGGGAGAACUCUCUAGAUCCGAUGAAGGAAGAGAAGGAGGAGGAAGAAGAGGAAGAAGAGGAAGAAGAGGAAGAAGAAAGCGAGUCACCCAAAGAGCAGGCUCUGCGUGUGCUCGAAACCGAGGUCUCACGCAAGGUCGUCAACAUGGAACUACGGUGGUUGAAGGACCCGCGCGCCCUGGCAGAUCGGGUGGCGCGACUGCUGCUGGGCGAGGAGCUGCCGCUGGCUGUUGCCUUGGUGCGGACGGCGCACAAGGAAGGCAUCGAGUCUUCCGUUGCGUGGAACCAUAUCCUUGACCAUUUGAUGGGCACGGAGAGGCCGUUCCUGGCGUGGAGGUUAUACAACGAUAUGAAAAAACGGCAGAAAGCUCCUACGUCGCGAACAUACACGAUCAUGCUGGAUGGGUUAAGCAAGGCGAAGCGGGAAAAGAAGAAAGGAACCAUCGAUCCCGUGCGCACGGCGUACACGAUCUACCAGUCGAUCUUUGCGCCCAAUUCGCCCGUCAAGCCGCAUAUCAUCCACAGCAACGCGAUGCUUAACGUCUGCCGCUGCCAUGACGAUAUGUAUACCAUGUGGAAGGUUGCGGGCAGUCUGCCCGAGGAAGGGCCGGGGGCGCCGGAUGCAUCCACCUAUACCAUCAUCUUCAAGGCGAUCAUCGAGUCGACGCGCAAGGAGAUCGGCGCCAUGCCGCCCAACCGCAUGGACCUGGUCCUCGCUAAGAAGGCGCACGGCGUCGCCGAGGCGAAACGCGUCUGGUCCGACGUGAUCUACCGCUGGAAGCGCGGCGGCCUCGUGCUUGACAACAUGCUCGUCAACGCUGUCGCGCGCUUGCUCCUCGAGGGGUCCAGUCCGCGCGACGUCUACGAUCUAUUUCGCUUGUUCCAUCAGACUGCGGGCAUCCCCAUUUUUCCCAAGGAGCCGCCGGAAGAUAAGUCGUCCCCGCAGUUGGACACGUCUACCAACAACUCCUCAUCCCCAAAAUACAACCGGGAUGUGGCUGCGGCGGCUCUAGAUCAUAUUCCCUUUGUUCCCGAGGACGCACAUCUUCUGGCAGAAGAUAAAGAGUCUCCUGAAAAGAAGGAGGAGGAGGAGGAGGAGGAGGAGGAGGUCGAGGACGAAGAGAACUUUGAGAACCUCUUCGAGCCCGUGGACUCGUACCCCCCGCAGAUCGAGAUCGGGAACAGAGACCUGUCCAUCAUUCUGGAUGCCUGUGCCAACAUGGACCAGGGUGUUGGCGUGGGGAAGGAUUACUGGCGCUAUUUCACAAAGGAGGACAACGACCACAACGUCCAACCGGACUCGCACUCCUUCCAUCAGUACCUGCGGCUGUUGCGGGUGGCGCGCUCGAGUCGUGAGACGCUGCACAUUGUGCGCGACCAGAUCGUGCCCGGCGGCCUGGCAGAGCGGAAGACGUUCUUCAUUGCGCUUUCUUGCUGCCGCCGGGACCGCAAGAACAUGAACGUCUUCAAGAACGCCAGCGAGCUGAUCGAGCUCAUGGAUGCAGCGCUCCCCUUGCCCGACCCGCGCGCUCUUCAGCACUACCUGGAAAUGGUCAACUUCUUCCUGAAAAACCCAUCGGAUCUCAUGUCCCUGAGCGGCAUCGCCUCCGAGGACAAACCGCGCCAGUCGCUCCUGGCGCGAAGCAACUGCAUGCAGCUGGAGCUCCGCAAGGCUGCGGCGCGCACCCUGCAGCCGAUCAUCACCAAACUCGACCUCGCCAUGUCCGCCUCCCUGACCGAACCUGCUUUGGACGCUCGCCUCGCCGAGAAAUUCCAGAAAGCGGCGGUUGCCGGCCACCACGUGCUCAAUGCCCUCAUCAAAACCCGCGCUCUCGUGGAUGGCAUCUUCAAGACCCCGUCCGGCGGCGGUAAAGUUCGCCUGGCAAAGACGGACCGGCUCCUCUUCGAAGAUAUCAGAGACCGACUGCGCAAGUACUCUGCGGCCGGCAUGGCGGACCGUUUUGCCGCCACCCUGGUCUUUCCCACAUGGGAGCAGCGCAAAACCUUUCGCGAAAAUCAUCCCCGGUCCAGGGUUUAUGACCGUGUGCCGGACAGGUGGAGUUCGAGGCAGUAG